AUGGAACCCGUGAAGAUCCCCGUCCAACCGCCCAAGAAGCGCCGCAUCGGUGUACUCACCUCCGGAGGUGAUGCCCCCGGUAUGAACGGUGCCGUACGGGCCGUGGUCCGUAUGGCCAUUCAUUGUGAUUGUGAGGCCUACGCCGUCUUCGAAGGAUAUGAGGGUCUAGUCAACGGCGGCAACAUGAUCCGUCAGUUGCACUGGGAGGAUGUCCGUGGUUGGUUGUCCCGUGGUGGUACCUUGAUCGGUUCCGCACGAUGCAUGGCCUUCCGAGAGCGUGCUGGUCGCCUGCGGGCGGCGAAGAACAUGAUCUUGCGUGGCAUUGAUGCGCUGGUCGUCUGUGGUGGUGAUGGUAGCUUGACUGGUGCCGAUGUUUUCCGUGCCGAAUGGCCCGGCUUGCUGGCAGACCUUGUCGCUGCCGGCGAAUUGACUGAGGAGCAGGUUGAGCCUUAUACGGUUCUUAAUAUUGUCGGUCUCGUCGGCUCCAUCGAUAACGACAUGUCUGGAACUGACGCCACAAUUGGCUGCUACUCUUCCCUGACACGCAUCUGUGACGCUGUCGAUGAUGUCUUUGAUACGGCCUUCUCUCACCAAAGAGGAUUUGUUAUUGAGGUGAUGGGUCGUCAUUGUGGAUGGCUGGCCUUGAUGUCGGCCAUCAGCACUGGUGCUGAUUGGCUGUUUAUUCCCGAGAACCCCCCCAAGGACGGUUGGGAGGAUGAAAUGUGCUCCGUCAUUACCAAGAACCGCAAGGAGCGAGGCAAGCGCCGUACUAUCGUGAUUGUCGCCGAGGGUGCGCAGGAUCGUCAACUCAACAAGAUUUCGAGCUCAAAGAUCAAGGAUAUCUUGACCGAAAGACUCGGCUUAGAUACUCGAACCACAGUGUUGGGCCACACUCAGCGUGGUGGUGCAGCAUGCGCAUAUGACCGCUGGCUCUCCACUCUGCAAGGUGUUGAGGCCGUCAGGGCUGUGCUGGAGAUGUCUCCCAAGUCCCCCGUUCCCGUCAUCACUAUCCGCGAGAACAAGAUUAUGCGCACUCCCCUGAUGGAUGCCGUCCAGGCUACCAAGGAUGUGACAGCUAAGAUUCAUGCCAAGGACUUUGAUGCCGCCAUGAACGAGCGCGACGCCGAGUUCAAAGAAUAUUACCAUGCAUACUUGAACACGUCAACCCCAGAUCACCCCAAGAUGUCUCUUCCUGAAAACAAGAGAAUGCGCAUUGCGAUUAUCCAUGUCGGAGCUCCCGCCGGUGGUAUGAACCAAGCUACCAGAGGAGCCGUGGCCUACUGCCUGACCCGAGGUCACACCCCGCUUGCUAUUCACAACGGCUUCCCCGGUCUUGUUCGUCACCAUGCAGACAAGCCCAUCAGCUCCGUUCGGGAGGUCAAGUGGCUUGAGUCAGACAGCUGGGUCAACGAAGGAGGUUCGGAUAUCGGAACCAACCGCAGCCUCCCCUCGGAAGACAUGGAAGGCACCGCCAAGUGCUUCGAGCUCUACAAGUUUGAUGCCGUUUUUGUCGUUGGUGGAUUUGAGGCCUUCACUGCGGUCAGCCAACUGCGCCAAGCCCGCGAGAAGUAUGAUGCAUUCAAGAUCCCCCUCAUCGUGUUGCCAGCCACCAUCUCGAAUAACGUCCCGGGUACCGAGUACUCGCUUGGUAGUGACACAUGUCUGAACACACUCAUCGACUUCUGUGACGCCAUUCGCCAGUCCGCAUCGUCUUCCCGCCGCCGAGUCUUCGUCAUUGAGACCCAGGGAGGCAAAUCAGGUUACAUUGCAACCACUGCUGGUCUGGCAGUCGGUGCCGUAGCCGUUUACAUUCCCGAGGAGGGCAUUGAUAUUAAGAUGCUCUCACGCGAUAUUGACUUCCUGCGGGACAAUUUCAUUCGCGACAAGGGCGCCAACCGUGCUGGAAAGAUCAUUCUGCGGAAUGAAUGCGCAUCGAGUACUUACACUACCCAAUUCGUUGCUGACAUGUUCAAGGAGGAGGCCAAGGGCCGAUUUGAGUCGCGCGCUGCUGUACCUGGUCACUUCCAGCAAGGUGGCAAGCCAUCCCCCAUGGAUCGUGUUCGUGCCCUGCGUAUGUCCAUCAAGUGUAUGCAACAUAUUGAGACUUAUGCCGGCAAGAGUCGCGAUGAGAUUGCUGCGGAUCCUUUGUCGGCCGCCGUUAUCGGUGUCAAGGGCUCCCAGGUCUUGUUUUCGCCGAUGGGUGGUGCUGAUGGAUUGGAGGAGACCGAGACCGACUGGGCCCGUCGUCGCCCCAAGACUGAAUUCUGGCUGGAGCUGCAAGAUGUCGUCAACGUUUUGUCCGGCCGAUCUGCUUCCCGUACUCAGGAGACCUGGUCUUGUUACGAGAAUCCCUCGACGGUCCAUUCCAUUCCUUCCGUGCCUAACUCACCAUGA